UUUCUCCAACUGCUCUGGGACACAUUCAUGCCUCCACUCUCUUAUUUAUGAUCACCAGUCCGCCCUCCAGGACCCUUCUAGGUCGGUGUGACCGCAUCCAUGAAGUGUGAAGACGACAUGGGAGUCCCCGUGUACCCGAGAUGACCGAUGAUUUGGUCAAAUAGUCACUUCUUUUCGUCGCCAGAGAGGGAAACUUAAAACAAGGCUUGUUUUUGGAGUCCCACCUCCCCUCCUCUCUCCCCGUAGGAUUUGAUUCAAAGGCUAAAAACCAAGAUGGCCGCCGAUUCCGUGCAGGGGGAUACCAGGGGCCAGAUGGUGGCGGAGAGACUGGGUCUAGGACACAACCUGGACCUGUCCGACACCAUGGUCCAACAGAAGCUGGACGAGAUCAAGGAGCAGAUCCCGGAGAUCCGCAAGGAGCUGAAGAUAAAAGAAGGAGCGGAAAACCUACGAAAGGUCACUACAGACAAGAAAAGCCUGGCGUAUGUCGACAACAUGCUGAAAAAAUCCAACAAGAAGGUUGAGGAGCUUCACCAGGAGCUGCAAGAGCUCAACGCCCACAUCGUGGUCAAAGACCCCGAAGAGCUGCUAGAAUGCCCUUUGACCCCAGAUACCCCCAACAGUGAGGUGAGAAUGUGCACAAGCAGCAGCCGCCUGGCCGCCCUGAAAAGACAGAAUGACAUCGAGCUCAAGGUCAAACAGGGAGCAGAGAACAUGAUUCUGAUGUACUCCAACGGACCCUCCAAGGAUCGUAAGUUGCUAGCAACCGCCCAGCAGAUGCUUCAGGACAGCAAGACGAAGAUCGAGUUCAUUAGGAUGCAGAUUCUCAAGGCCAGCCAGGCCAGCGAGCUGAGCUUCGAGAGUAAUGAUGUGAUGGACAAGCCCAUAAUCAGCCCGCUGGACCUUCGGGUGGAGGAGCUUUGUCACCACGCGAAGAUAGAGUCUGCUGUGGCCGAAGGAGCCAAGAACGUCAUGAAGCUCCUGGGAACGGGAAAGGUCACGGAGAAAAGAGCACAUUCAGAGGCCCAGGCUCGUUUCAAUGAGUCCAGUCAGAAGCUCGACCUCCUGAGAUAUUCUUUGGAGCAACGCCUCAACGAGCUGCCUAAAAACCAUCCUCGCAGCAUCAGCAUCAUUGAAGAGCUGUCUCUGCUGUCCUCACCGGCCCUCAGUCCCAGAUCCAGCAUCAUCUCCACACAGAACCAGUACAGCACCGUGACCAAGCCCGCCGCGCUCACAGGCACGUUGGAUGUCAGGCUCAUGGGCUGUCAAGACCUUCUGGAAAAUGUCCCUGGUCGUUCUAAAGCUGCAUCUGUCCCACUGCCGGGCUGGAGCCCCAGCGAGACAAGAUCGUCCUUCAUCAGCCGAGCCAACCGAAACCGUGGUGUGAGCUCACGUAACCUGACAAAGAGCGAGGAGCUUUCCAAUGAGAUCAGUGCCGUGUUGAAGCUCGACAACACGGUAGUCGGCCAGACAAGCUGGAAGUUGGUCAGCAACCAGGCCUGGGACCAGAAGUUUACAUUGGAGCUGGACCGGUCUCGUGAGCUGGAGAUCUCGGUCUACUGGCGGGAUUGGCGUUCGCUGUGCGCUGUCAAGUUCCUGAGGCUGGAGGACUUCCUGGACAACCAGCGUCAUGGGAUGUGUCUAUACCUGGAGCCACAGGGGAUGCUGUUUGCUGAGGUAACGUUUUUCAAUCCUGUCAUCGAGAGAAGACCAAAGCUGCAAAGACAAAAGAAGAUUUUCUCGAAGCAGCAAGGUAAAACCUUUCUGCGAGCCCCUCAGAUGAACAUCAAUAUAGCCACGUGGGGCCGCCUGGUGAGAAGAGCCAUACCGACCGUUAGCACCAACUCAUUCAGCCCUCAGGUGGCUGAUACCGGGCCCAGCAGUCUGCCUGGAUCUCCCACACCCAGCAGUGACCCACUGGUGACCAAGCUGGACUUUGACAAAGAGCCCACCCCAGGACCCAAACACUACCCAGUACCCGAUGACAACCGAGAACCUCUGGUGCAAGGCCAGCUGCCUGACAAAGAGGAGGUCCAGGAUGCCCUCGCCUCCUUCGACUUCUUGAACAAGAGAAAUAGCAUAGCGGUGAAGCCAGACCUGGACAGAGUGGUGGAGCACGAGAUCCAGCAUCCCGACCUGGAGCUGAUCUCCAUCCAGAAAGACUCGGAGAUAAGGGAUGAAGAGCAGUUUCACUUCAGUCUCAAGGACUUCAAAUGCGUGGCCGUCCUCGGUCGUGGACACUUUGGAAAGGUGUUGUUAGCCGAAUACAAAAGCACCGGAGAGAUGUUUGCCAUCAAAGCUCUGAAGAAAGGAGACAUCGUGGCUCGCGAUGAGGUGGACAGUCUGAUGUGCGAGAAAAGGAUUUUUGAAACGGUCAACUGCGUCCGACACCCGUUCCUGGUCAACUUGUUUGCGUGUUUCCAGACGCAGGAGCACGUUUGUUUUGUCAUGGAGUAUGCAGCGGGAGGCGACCUGAUGAUGCACAUCCACGCUGAUGUUUUCGCUGAGCCCAGGGCUGUGUUUUAUGCUGCCUGUGUCGUAUUGGGAUUACAGUUCUUGCAUGAACACAAGAUUGUGUACAGAGAUUUGAAGCUGGAUAACCUGCUCCUGGACACAGAGGGUUAUGUGAAGAUCGCCGACUUUGGGCUUUGCAAAGAAGGAAUGGGUUUCAGGGAUCGCACCAGCACAUUUUGUGGCACACCGGAGUUUCUGGCUCCAGAGGUUCUGACUGAAACAUCGUACACCCGCGCAGUCGACUGGUGGGGGCUGGGCGUCCUUAUAUUUGAGAUGCUGGUUGGGGAGUCGCCCUUCCCUGGUGACGAUGAGGAGGAGGUGUUUGACAGCAUCGUCAAUGACGAAGUCCGCUACCCACGAUUCCUCUCGACAGAGGCCAUCUCCAUCAUGAGAAGGCUUUUGAGGAGAAGUCCAGAAAGACGACUGGGAGCAGGAGAAAAGGACGCAGAGGAGGUUAAGAAACAUCUAUUCUUCAGGAACAUGGAUUGGAACGGACUGUUGUCCAAGAAGGUGAAGCCGCCAUUCGUGCCGACCAUUCAGGGCGCCAACGAUGUUAGCAACUUCGAUGAUGAAUUUACCUCAGAGGCUCCGAUCUUAACCCCGCCCAGAGAACCCCGAGUGCUGUGCUCCGAGGAGCAGAACAUGUUCUCUGACUUUGAUUACAUUGCUGACUGGUGUUAGCUCCACGUGACCCCGCACCCUCGUCUACACAAAUACAGACACACACACUGUGAACCAACCAACACAGCGAUGACUGUCACAUGAUUUUAAAACUUUCCAUGUUGAGGAAGAGGAGCAGACGCGGCUCUCCGAGCCUUCGGGUAAAACUCUGUGCCAUUGAGAAGAAAAGUCCAGAAGCCUCCUGAGGACCCCCACUUAUUUUUUUAAUCCACAUGAAGAACUUUUUUUUUUUAAAGAAAAAGAAAACAAAUGAACUCUGUUGUUUGAGAGUGAAGGAGUAGGGAGAUGCUUUUUUUUUCUCCUGCACACGUCGCCGUGUCCAUUGUCUGACCACUGAGAAUGUUUUUUCGUAUGAACUCUUGAGAAGACGACUUCAUCACAAUCAUGUUAUUCGGCCACCGUCGUCAGUUGUUUUGAUCUGUACAGGUUAUAUUCAGUCAUGUAUUUUAUUGUUGUGUUUUCCUUAUUUACGAAGCGCUCGCCACAGCUUUAGGACAUUUUAUCUCACUGUAAAGUUCUGCCACCAUCAUGACUCAAAGUGCUGUUCAGUGAACCACAAAUGCUCAAAGCAUCAUCACUGAACAGUCAACUGCAACUAACAUCCUGACUACUACUGCUGCUUCUUCACUUGAAAUCUAAAUCAGUCUUGACACUACACGUCUCCAUGGUUAGGGGCCUGAUCUUUGACCACAACCCACACCAAAAUACUGAUACACUAGCUUCAGUUAACAGUCCACCCAGUCUUACUCCAUCUAUUAAAUAACCAUCAAUGACUUAUCUGGAAAAAUAAUGCAAUUUUUUUUAUAUUAUCGUCUGUUCAAUGCCCUCUAGUGGCUACAUUGAGGAUGACUUUCAGCUGAUCUCAGUUCAGGUGUAGGUGCAGCCCUGUGAUUGGAGCAAUAAAAUCUAACUUUAACAUUAAAUGAAUUACAUUGUCAGAGUAAAGAUCAAUGAAAGUUAUUUCUUUUUGUUCCUCAGUGAAUAGCCAGUUGUAAUGUAUUUGAAGCAAUUUUUUCUUGUUACCUCAAUCAAAGUUUGAACACUAACGUGACAGUUCAAAAGCUACCGAAACCAAACUGAUCCUGUCCCUCUGGAAGCAGCAGACCAACAACUCCUCAUGGUUAAAGAAAAAAACAAAUCCAAUUGUUGGACUGAGAGUGGUGCCAAGGCAAAAGGGCAAAAAAGAGAAACUUGUUUGUCGUUGGGGCUGAGCAGUUUAUUUGUUAUCAUACUAAACUGAUUCUGUUAAAUUGCCAUUGGAAAGCCUCCCAGACUGUUCUGUGAUCAGUUUAAUUUUCUGUGGAAUCAGCAGAGGACUUUGUCACUUUGCAUGUUUUCCAUAAACUGACUCAAAUGUUGGAGACCUGUUGAAAGGAAUCACUACAGGGGAGGGCAGGGUAUAUUAUAUAUACAUACUGUAUGUACACAGUUAAGCUGAAAGCACUAAUUUUAUCAAUAGUUUUUAAUUAUCUACGUUUCUUAAUGAUGAAAAUAGAUUGUACAAAGUUUUUUUUUUUAUUCUUUGCUUGUGCAUGUUGUUGCCAGAACAGAUGAAAAUGUAAUGGAUGGUACACCAAUACUCAAUCCCAACUGUUGCUGUCCCCCCCGGUGUAAAAGAGAUUACUGCAGCCAUUUGUUGCCCAUCAUGAAUGCACAAAUUAAACAUUUGUAAUAGUG